CGAGCCGUCCUAUCAAAGUGAUCAGCAAGCGAAGUAAGAAGAGACAGAGUGCAAAAAAUCUUGAGCGUGUGUGGAUUCACUGUGGCUCAUGAUCAUUUUUCACCGUGAUCCUCCAGUAUGUAUAAACCAUGGUUCGGCGAUUUCACUCUUCCAUCGUCUGCGGUUUCAGACCGUCUCGACGAAAUAUCUCUGCGUUUCCGGUUCAGGUUCCUUUUUCAAGGGUUUCGAUGGUGCGCAUUUGAUGGGGAUCGAUACCCGUGCACGAUUCAACACUCCAUCAUUCAUUGCACGUACUGCUAGCUGUGUUCCCGUUCCAGUCGAAGCCUGUCACUUCAUUCCCGGGUGGUGAAAUAUUUUCCUCCUGACAGUGCUGCGGAGGCACCAAAGUCUAACUGCGCACAAUUGCGUGGCGUCUUGUCGAAACCUAAUCCCCACAUAUCAAAAAUCUUGACUCUAUACGAAGAAAACUUCAA